UAUCCUGCUCACCAUCACCAUCACCAGCAGCAGCAGCAGCAACAGCAGCACCACAGCAGAAGCCCAUCCCCUAGCGUCCGUCCCGUGUAUGUACCCCGUAUGCGCAUGGGCGGAGAAACUGCCGUUGUGCGCUGUUAUUAUUGUCAGAGUAAUUUCUUUUUUACGAAAAUGGCGUCUGGUCAGGGAGGUGUGGGAGCUGUCACGGCUCUACAAAGCCAUCACUACUCUUGCGGACCUCACUGGAGCCCGGGAAUCAACCAGUAUCAGCACCAGCAGCAGCACCACACGGCCCGCAGCCUGGACCGGGCUCUGGAGGAUGCCGUGUGCUCGGGGCUCCUGAACCUGAGCGGUAGGAAGCUGAGGGAGUACCCGGGGAUGAGCUACGAUCUGACCGAUACAACACAAGCAGAUUUGUCCAAGAAUCGGCUCACAGAAAUCCCUCCAGAAGUGUGUCUGUUCGCCCCCCUCGAGUCGCUCAACCUCUACCACAACUGCAUCAAGUGCAUCCCAGAAGCCAUUAUCAAUCUGCAGAUGCUGACUUAUCUUGACAUCAGCCGAAAUCUCCUGUCAGUUUUGCCAAAAUACUUGUUCAGCCUCCCCCUCAAAGUUCUGCUUGUGAGCAACAACAAGCUUGUGUCCAUCCCUGAGGAGAUUGGCAAGGCCAAAGAGUUGAUGGAACUGGAUGUGAGCUGUAAUGAGAUCCAGGUUCUGCCAGCUCAGGUGGGGAGGCUUCAAGCCUUACGAGAACUCAACAUCAGGAAGAACUGCCUUCAUAUGCUGCCCGAGGAGUUGGCUGACCUGCCUCUCAUUCGACUUGACUUUUCCUGCAAUAAGAUCACAGAGAUUCCUGCGGCGUACAGGAAACUCAGGCAACUGCAGCACAUUAUCUUAGACAACAAUCCUAUGCAGUCUCCUCCCGCACAGAUUUGUCUCAAGGGCAAAGUGCACAUAUUCAAGUACCUGAACAUCCAAGCGUGUAGGACGGACAAGAAGCCAGACACCCUGGACCUCCCCACCCUUGGCAAACGUUGCCUCCCACAGCCGCUUACCGAUAGCAUGGAAGAUUUUUAUCCCAGUAAGAACCACGGUCCUGACUCUGGAAUUGGUAGUGACAAUGGUGACAAGAGGCUUUCUACAACUGAGCCUUCAGACGACGACACCGUCAGCCUGCAUUCUCAGGUUUCAGAGACAGCCCGUGCUGACGCCCUCUCACUGCUCUCCAAAAUGGACUCUUCCAAAGAUCAGGAUCUGUAUGACUUUAUAGAGCCCAACCCGGAUGAGGAUCCUGCUCUGUCAGAGUGUGAUGGGCAGCAGAGCAGUCAUGUGUCUUGUAUAAAGGAACUGGAGAAAGUUCUUAACAUGUCUCACCAAAGCAAAGAUAAAGACAGCUGGAAGGAGGAGUCGGGCUCUGACAAGGAGCAGCUAGUUGAGGAGGAGGAUGAUGAGCUGAAGGAAGUGCUGGAUCUGAGAAAGAUUGCCGUUCAGCUUCUGCAGCAGGAGCAGCAGAAUAGACGACGGUCCUUAAUUUGCAGAGCAGAGAGUCUUAUUCACAGACGGAGAGUGACUGGCCGGGCACACAGGUUUUUAAGUCACUCCGGAAGCUCUGGCAGCAAACCAAGGCCCCCGCCUCAGACGGCUCGAAGUGCUUCUCUGGAUGAAGGGAGUAGUGGAGCAUCCGUACUGAGUGGACAGCCUGCUUCUUCGUGCUCCUUUGAUGGCAGCCUCAAGACCGACCAAUCGGAUUCAGAACCAAAGUGGCCUGAAGUCCCACCUGUCCUCAAUCAGAAUGAAGAUCGCAGGAGGAACAAGUACCUCAGAAAAGAUUAUCUGAAGUACAAGUGUCAGAGUUCUCGGAAAAACUCCAGUGGAAAUGAAGAUUCUGAGGACGGUUUGCGCAGCGCUGACUUCAGCACCACUCUGACAGUAUUUGGACUAAAGCCAAGAUCAGCCUUCACCAGAGGAAAUCGUCAAGACUACACCUCCACAGACCCCAGUUUCACCAUGAGGAGGAAGAUGGAGCACUUGAGGGAGGAAAUGGAACAGAUAGGACUCUUACGGCAGAACAUUGAGUCCAGACUGAAGGUGUUGCUCCCUGACGAUGUCGGAGCCGCUCUGAUGGACGGGGUUGUUCUUUGCCAUUUAGCCAAUCACAUUUGUCCUCGGUCUGUUGCCAGCAUCCAUGUACCGUCUCCCGCAGUGCCAAAGCUUAGCAUGGCAAAAUGCCGAAGGAAUGUGGAGAACUUCUUGGACGCCUGUAAGAAGAUGGGUGUUCCACAGGACAAGCUGUGUCUGCCCCAUCACAUCCUGGAAGAGCGCGGCCUGGUGAAGGUGGGUGUGACUGUCCAGGCUCUGCUGGACUUGCCUCAUUCAAAGUCCACACAACUGGCAGCUGUUUGACACAAGUCCAGAUGUUACAUCCAACCUGCAGUCAUACAGCCAACCCCUCUCCCCAGCCCAAACCCACACCCCAUCACCUGGGACCAGAGAGCCCUUCAGGGCGAGGUCCCAGUGAGCACUGGGUCUUUGGGAGUUUGCUUCUGCCUGACUGAAACAGGAGUCAGGAGGGAGAAAUACCUCUGUCUCUUUAUAUGAUGUCAGCUGCCACCCACUUCCUGUCCAUCACAUUUUCACUUGUAUCCUCUUCCUGGUUACUGGGGUCAUCUUUUAUAUGUGUGUGGACUAGCAAUGUGACUGUGUGUUUCCCGUGUGAGCUGCACAGUUCGGACUUGCCAAGGAGAGACAGACAAGACAAGACAAUGGGUCUAUAGGAAGACCUCUACCCUCUCACCAUGCUCAGUGAUUAUUGAGCCUGCAAGUGCUGCAGUACUGACAACCUUUCCAUGCUGAUGUUGGAGACAUUGACAGUGAGGAGAUGACAGACAUGUAACUCAGUCUUUCACUAAAGAUGCACAAACCACUGACAGACCUCAAGGGGCUCUUAUGCUCUUGAGUUUCCCUCAUAUUUGUGGAAUUUAUUUUUCCCAUGAGAGGUAAUUUUUUUGAAUUUAUUGUACAGUGUUAUGUUGGUUUUUUGUUGUUUUUUUACAUGAUGUGCAUCAGGUCCCUAUUGUAUGCUCUUUUCAGAAGCCAAACCUGAUUCAUAUGUUUUUUGACUCGAGGUAUUGCCUUUUAGCGGCCACAUCUCCACUGCUUGUUGAAGUAGAAUUUACGCUACAGUCGACAUUCUUCCUUCUGUUUUUUCCUCAAAAUUCUGGUGUGGCUUAAAUACAUUUAAAUUCUCCGUAGCGAACUCAAUGCCAGCCAGCAGUCACCGGGGGAAGCGACAUUUGACCACUGUGAGAACACGUGCUUGGCUCUGGCCAAAAGCAUGAUGGUCCUGUUUUGUAGCGGUUUUUUUUUUCCACUGUAUAUGUAAGGUUUCUGUUUUUGAAAAAAUAUUCUGUGUUGUGACUUUUCUAAGGUUUUUAUACUUUCUUCCCAGUCAUUGCCAACUGUCACUUGCCUUUCAAGUUCAGAGUUCACAACUUGGGUUGUGCCAUGUUAGACACAUAGCAGUUAGGAUUUUAUUGCUUUGCAAAACCACAGAUGAAACAUGUUCAUACUGAUUCGAGGGUUCUGAGUGAUGUGCCUCUGCUUAAUGAAAAGGUGGAGUGCUGCUUAGAGGCAUUUACUCCUGCAAACCUUUCAUAUGUGGCACGGUCGGAUCUCAUUGCCAGGCCACCUUGCUGUUUGUGGUUUCUGAUACAAUUCAUUACAUCAGGGAAAUUAAAUUAUUUAUGUAUUUAUUCAUUUGUUUUCUAUUUAUACGUUGUUGCUCUGUGUGUUCUAACCCUGAUUUUCCGUUCAGGUGCAGUGCAGCUGAACAUUUAGAUUUAGAUUCUGUGGCCAGAAAUGAAAUAUUGACUGCAAGAUGUAAGAAGAAUUUUAGCAAAGAGUUUAGUCACAGCUGUCUCACUACUGUAAUUAGUACUGGGAAUUUUAUCUUACACCUGUAUACUAUAAGAGUCACUCAGUCAGGGUGGAGAUUAAUAACAAAGUUGUCAGUAGCAACAAGAGCUGUGUUGACAACAUAAUAUACCUGCAUAAUAUGGGAUUCUGUGGAAAAGGUUAUGUAAGAGUUCAUCAUGUUCACAAAGGCUUAAGCUGUGCCCUGAUUAAUUUAACCUUUUCUAUUUUAAAUCUGUGUUAGUAAUGGAUUAUGAUUUCUGCAGAUUCCUGUGAUGCACCAUUCAUUUUAUUAUUGGAUCUCCCACCGCAGUGGAAAAACAGACAUUGCAGUCGUAGCAGUAGUAAGACAUUAUGUCUUAAUUAUAGAUAUCAUAAAUCCAAAUACUGCCCAUCAUGCUUGCUUGACAAACAUGAAAAGACAUUUGGUCUCUCACUACACUGAUUUGUACACAAUAUAUACAGUGUACUGUAUUUGAAAAUGCACCUUUGAAGUACUACAUGACCUGUCUGUGAGCUGUUAUGACAUAAAGCUGAACACAAAGUUUACAAGUAUGAGAGACGAGUUCAAGUGAAAGUGGAGUUAAAGCAGAGUUUUGGUGUGUUUCCUAAAGGCCAAAUGCCACUUUAACAGCUUCAAAGCCCACAAAUAUCAUCAUGCUAAACAUCAUUAUUACAUCUAAAAACGUGACAUAUUGUGCCUUAAAGGAGGGGUAUUUGUUUUAUUUUUUUAGUCAUACACUAUCAAGUUUGUGAAAUGCACCAGCCCCAUUUUUUAUACUAUUAUGCUUUCAUGAGAUCCUUUUUUCAAUGCAUGCUUUUUGUGUGACAUAAGCAGCUUCUCUGCUGACGAGCUACAUCUCUGGAUUGGCUGCCAUAAGGGAAGAGAAUUAAGUUAAAUCUCAGUGGUCACUGUACAACCUCACAGUCUACCGUACAUAGACAACCAAAGUGUGAGAGACUUGUUCUUGAGGUUUACUUGACUGACUCUGACAUGAAUCAUGCAUUUGCUGUCUCAUUGUACAAAGGUGGCCUCUUCAGAUGUUCAGUUAGAUGUCAGAUGUUCCUUGUUAAAUAUCUUUCCUGUAAAGCUAUGCUUCCUCUUUUGUGGCCGUAUUAACUGAAUUUGUGCCAUCAUGUUCCAAAGAAGAGAUGCAGCAGAGAUACAGAAUAACACAGGGCUUCCAGUUUAUCAUGCCUGACUUCUAAAAUAUGUGUAUUCUCAUGUAGAAAAGCCCCACUGGCAUUCUACAUUUUGUAUGCUAUCUCUUGAUCUGUUGCUAUCUGGAAAAUACCCUCAUCUGUAGCACUCUCUCAUCUUUUACGGUCCUGCAACAAUACAGUGAUCAAACAAGCAGCUUUUUGAAGGGUAUAUCAAAUGUGUUCUCAUCAAGAAUCCUUAAAUGGGCACAAAUUAGACCACAGACCCCCAUUUGAUAAGAUUCCCUCGCGGGUUCUCCCAUCUGAUAAGAAUUUAGCUUUUAGAUGUUUUAAUGUGUGAAAGCCAUGACCAAAAUAGUCACAUUCUGCCAAUGUGUUGUGCAUGAAUUACAGUAAAAAUAAAUUAUUCCCCUGUUUGCUUGAGAACUCCUAGAAUUGUCUCAAGAACGCCUGUGAUAGACACAAAAACAUGCACAAGAAAAAGUAAAAUCUGAAACACAAACUCAAACUUGUAGCACACAGCCCUAUGUUAGCACUACAGUAGCUCGGCUACAAAAGUCACACAGCAAAGGCUUUAUCACUGAAGGUAGCAUUGUGACAUCUCACACUCUUUGUCUCUCUGUAAUUGCAGCUUUGUAGACAGUGGAGCCAUUGAAAUGAUGUGUAACCCACCUGAGGGCUGCUGUGUACUGUACCAGGCAUUCAUGCAGAAUACCAAUGCAGAUAAUUUGUAGAUCAAAAAUUUAAAAUUCUGGUGCUGGAUGCCUAAAAACAAUAUUUUUGGACCAUACACUGUUGUCUUCACACGUUACUGCACAUAUUCAGUUGUCUUGGCUUUUCCAAAUAACUCACAGUUACUUUAUGUUUGGAGUUAGAUGAGCUGAAAAGGUGAGAAGAAGUUUUGUGACUGAAUUUUAUGGGAUUUUGCAUGAUACCAGCAUGGUGCAAAAAGGAUGGCAAGUCACAUCAUGAAGGAGAUAUUUUCUGGCUUUAUCAUUGUAUGGUGUGUCUGCUGUGAGUAUAGCAGAUUUUCACAUAUAUGUGAAUUGUGCGGAUGACUGCCACACACAGCUUGAACUGACAUAGGCUAUUGCCAAGGCUCCUGUAAAGGCAGACUAUGAACCUAAGGAAACAAGUUAAACAUAGGGUAGUUACAUAAAACAGUUUCUCCACAAGGUGUGAUGCUCCAACUUGAAAGCUCUUUGUAAGAUUUGUCAUUCACAACUGCUGCCUAUUAAAUUGCUGGUGGAUGACAUGACUCACCCCUUAUACUAUGUGGAUUUGUUUUUUUUAUUUUUGUUUUUUUUAAAUACAUAUUAUAUUCAUGUUAACACGCAAUCCAUGCCUGGACAUGUAAUAUUGCCCCAUUGUAUUCAUGUGAAUAUAAUGCAGCUUUGUUUGUGAUCCCUUGUUUAUUCCCUGUAAUUGCCCUUCCUGUUUAAUUAAUUCACAGCCAUGCUGGUGCAUGCAUGCUGCAGGUGAUGUACACACCUACCAUGUAACUCCAGUGCAGUGUAAUUUAACUGUUGGAUUUUCCCAUCUCUGCCUUGAUGUCAACUGGAGCCAACACCUCACUGGACUAUGUGUGCGGUUUCCUUCAGUCCUCUAUCAGUUGAUAAGACAAAGUGGUGAGAUAACAUUUAUUUGCUAUAGCUAGUGGGAGCAGCCAUGAGUCAUCUGUGAGGUCAUGAAAAUGUCCUUUCAUGUCUUCGCAGAGCAAUAGCGUUAAUAUCACCACUAUCAUCAAUGUUCACAGGAUAUAUUAAUGGAUCUCUUUCAUAAUUCAUAUGAGGCUUCAGCAGUCUGUAUCUAAUAUCCCAAAUUUACAGCUGUUGUAUUGUCAAAUGUCCUCAAUAUGUUUGUUGAACUUUGACCGAGGAUUAGCGCCACGCUGAGGAAAUAGGAUACUAAAAAGUCUGUAACUUUGGAAGAUACCCACUUGUUUUGUGUAAGUCAGACUUUGAAGCUUUGUAAUAAGCUUUGUCUGAACUUUAGGAAGUAAUUUAUGAUAACGCUCUCAGUGUACAUAUGGGCAUGUGAUUAAGACAGACUUUGAAUUUUUUCAAAUGUUUGGAGGAGGUGGAAAUCUGACAGUAUGUGAAACUUUUCAACAAUGGCUCUACCCAGUCCUUUAUUAUUUGGUUCUUAAGUUAGCCACAGCUCUGAUUAAUAAAUAGGUCUGGUGGAAGGUGCUUUAUGAGGCCGAGUGGCAGCUUUCCAUGUUACUUUCAUGUGACACUCCCUUUAGCACACUUGCAGCGCAAAAAAGUCUUCAAUGCACUAAUUAUAUGUGUCUGUCGUUGGCUCACUUGUCUAUCAGAACUUGUUAUGAUUUAAUACAUUAUCUCAUCCAAAGAACCAGUGAAACAGUGAGUCAUGUCUAAAUACUACACUGCCAAGAAAAUUCGAACUUAAGUACUUAAGCUUUUUGUAUUUUAAAACAAGUCAAAUGCAUGCAAGAAUACUCAAUGGCUGAAGCUGAACUUCUGUACAUAUCGUCUGUAUAAAUUCCAGGGAUUUCUUAAAAAAAUAAGUGAAUAAAUAAAUGUGGUCAAUA